CGGUGGGCGGGGCGGGGCCGGGCGGCCAUGCAGCCCUGCGGUCGCUGCGCUGAUCCGGGCCCGGUGCGGCCCCCCGGGUCCCUCCGCCCGCCCGCGGCCCCGCAGGCAAUGGAUUCUCCCUACGCAAACGGAGCCUACAGCCCCCCCUACCCCCCAGCUCCCGGCGCUGCCCCGCACUACCCCAGCCUGACACAGGCACGGGGGUACUACUGCUCGGGACCCCCACGGACCCCCUACCCUGCUGAUUCCACGGCCAUGUACCGACCCCCCUCACCCACUGCCCCCUGGAGCUACGGCCCCCCCCAGGACUGCCCCAGCGAAGGCUCCUCGCUCCGCAGGCAGCAGGUUCAUGGCUACUCCCCACCUCAGACCCCGGGAAUGCCCAUCCCGCAGUAUCCAUAUGGAGAGAGCAAUCCGGGGGUCACGCCGCAGCCCGGACCCCCCGAGGACACCUGGGCCCCCCACCCCGUUUAUGGGGUGCAGCCGCGCUACGCCUGGCCCGCUGCUUCGGCACACGGGAACCCCUUUUCCUCCGAAUCCCACCCAUCCUGGGCUGGCAGCACAGCUCUGUCCCACCCCCCUGCCUGGGACACGAAGGAUGCUGCUUACGACCGAGCUGAGCAAAGCACAAACCAACACAGCUACUACCCCGAGGUCAACCACCAGCACUGUGGGACAACAAAUGGCCACAAGGCAGCCCCUUCCUUGCCCCCAAACCCCCCCCCCAAGGUGCAGUACAGUGCUCAGCCCCAGAUGUACAAGCGGGCACCUCGGAAGCUCCCGCCGGGGAGCUCCAAACCCGAGGUCCAACCUUCAGCUGGUGUCCAGCCAGAGAUCCAGAGAAUCCUCCACGUCAUGGGGGAGGCCGAGCAGCUGGAGCAAGAGGUGGAUGAAUUUGUAGGGAAAAAGACAGAUAAAUCCUACCGGCUGCUGGAGGAGAUGUUGACCAAGCUGCUGCUGGAGCUGGAUUCCAUCGAGACCGGUGGCCAGGAGGGGGUUCGGCAGGCCAGGAAAGAGUCCGUCCACAGAAUUCAGGCCAUACUGGAAAAACUGGAAAGAAAGGGUUUGUGAAAGCUCACCGGCCACAACACCCAGCCUGUUGUUGAAUUUCCAAAGAGUUUCAGUUCAGUUGAAUCUCAGCCCUGUCUGCUCCGCACUAUUGACAAUGGAAUAGCAAUAAGCCCCGAGCUUAGCACACAAAACCAAACCAAACAAUCAGAAAGAAAACCCAGAACCCCAAACCCAGCAAAUAACUCGGCAACAGAUAAAUCAAGAGAGGUCUGAAGCAGCAAACUGAACUGUUUGUGUGUCCCAGCAGCACUGGUGGGGUCUGCCUGGGGACCUCUGCAUCAGCAGGAAGAAAACCACUGUACAAAGUUCCCCGAGCCAGGCCCACGUCUGUGGGUGCCUCCUGGAGUUCUCUGAACAGCUGGAACACUCUCCAGAUGUGGUCACAAGAGUCGUGCAACGUGCAGCCACACACCAAGACUCUGCUCUUGUCACUCACUGCCUGUGUGCUCAGCUUCAGCUUCCUCACCAUGAAACCUCCUGUGUCCUCCUGGGGAUGGGUUUGAGUGUGCUCAGUGCCAGCCUGGCAGCCCUGCUGGAUGUCCUCUCAUGAUGUCCCCUCUCCAACAUAAGGAGCCAGCCCCUGGUGUCCCCCUGGACAUGGGAGCACAGCCUGGAAAUCUCCUUUCAGCCUCUGGAAGGAGCAGAGGGAAUGAUGUGGGAGCAAAGCAAUCCCAAGCAGCUGGGUGCCUGGAAAUCCUUCCCAGGUCAUGGGGGUAAAAAAAAAAAUAAAUCCACUUUAUAAAUGUAAAUUCCUGCCACACACAGCAAGUGUUGUCCCCCAGCUCACUGCCAUCCUCCUGGCACUGUCCCUGCAGGGGGAUGAGGAGGGCUCAGCCUUCUGCCCACCUGGUUGCACCCUGUGAAGUGAAUCAUUCCUCUGCCUGACAAGAUAAUAAACCCUGACAACUUUUAAA